AUGAUGAUAGCGGGAAAUGCACCUUCAUUUGCUGAUCAUGUGUUACAGAAAUACAACUUUAAGGAGCAGCCAGAAACGCGCGAGUCAACUUCUGAACAUGGUCUCUUCUUUCUGGAGUUGGUCCGUCGAACCUCUGACAAGAAUGGGCGUCGUGUCGCAGGAUACUUCGAAACACUUCCGCCUCGUGCCGAGAACCGCGAUUACUACAAGAAGACAAAGAUGCCCAUCUCGCUCGAGAUGAUUGAGCAAAAGUUGAACAACCAUGAGUUUGCGACCCUUACGGAGGUGGAGAGCUACUUCAAGCGCAUGGUCAGCAACGCCAAGGAGUACUAUUCCCGCAACUCAAGCACUUUCGAGGAUGCCGAACGUGUGCGAAAGGCUCUUAGCAACCACAUGACGAAGGUCAACCCUGCCUAUCACCGCGGCGACGGGUACACAGCAUUUCCCACGCCUAUUCCCUCGGAGCUCGAGAACGCCGAGGAGGAGGCUCCCGAAACCCCUGAGGAGGCUGCUGACGACGAGGAGGAAGAGGAGGAAGAGGACGAUGCCGCCGCAGACGAUGACGAGGAAGACGAUGACAGAGAUGCCGACGUCGAAGACGACGGAAAACCUCAGCGGUCGGGUCGACCUUCGAUCAUCUUGCGUCGUGGUUCAGCUCGCAAGUCAGCUGCUAGCAGCACCCCCAACGCUACUGCUACGCCUCGAUCUGCCAAUCGCAAAGGCGACGACGUUUACGCUGAUAUUCCUUACAAAGAGUGCUCCUUCCAGGAAGCACAGGAGAAGAUUGUUGAAGAGUUGAUUCGCAAGACAGAAGACGACUCCGACGAACCCCAGUUCGAAAUAUUUCUCAACUUGCCCUCGCGUUCGCUCAAGGACUAUUAUGCACAUGUUUCUAACCCGCUCUCCAUCAAGAAGCUCCAGAAACGCGUCAAGGGCGUUCAAGGUCGCGGCAAUUGUACCCAUGUCAGCGAGUUCAAGAGCUGGGCCGCUUUUGAGGAAACCGCGAGCUUGAUCUGGACAAACGCCCAGUUCUACAACGAAGAGGACAGUGAAUACUAUGCCGUUGCCGGCGAGUUCAAGAAUUUCUUCCUCGACCAACUCAAGCAGGCCAAGAAGGUCGUUGAGGAGCCACCUCAGCCAAAGAUCAAACUCAAGGUCACCAACGACCAGCCUAUUUCUACAUCUAAGAAGAUCACAAUUCAGCUCCCACCUCGAGGCGGUUCCACGUCCUCUCCUGCACCUCCCACGCCGGCUCGGGGCACUACGACGCACGCUGUACAGAAGCCGGCGGCAUCCAACGGGGCCACUUCCCAGUCUGCCCAGGCCACUGCGGUUAGUGGCACAAGCUCUAUCGACAAAGCUCGUAGUGCGUCGGUAGCAUCCCCUGGUCCUGCCCUCAACGGUAUCAAGAGGGAGAGCACAUUCCGUCCAUCUCCUGUCAUGGCUCCCGCUCAGCUCAAUGGCACAGCGCCACCUUCGAACGCUGCGCCUGCCCUCAGCAACGCCCAGUUCCAACCCAUCCCGGCCUCGCAACAGCCCAACGGUCUCCACGUGCCCAAACCUAAGUCACCAUUUGAGGAGACCGCGCGCCGCGCUGGUAAGGGCGCGUCUGAUGCUCUCAUCCAGAACCUGAGAAUUCAGACACACCCUGUGCUGAACAUGCAUCAGCAUCAGGUGGUGUACGACAUUAUGCCUCUUGAAAGCGAGAGUCAGCAGUCCGUUACGAUGCACCUGCCGGCAAAUCACCUUCGCGUGCAGAUUAUCUUAACGCUGCCUCCCUUCCUGCAAGCUCAACAGCGACAGUACAAGAUUUGGGCUAUUGCCAACCGGCACGUUCUCAGCCAGCAGGCGCCUGUAGCCGGCCAGGUCCUCCCACCCUUCUCGAGUGUAUUUGAGGCGCAGCUGAAUGCCGGAUCGGUCAACGUCAUUGAGGUCCAUGUCAUCGCUGCACUUCUCAAGGCCGAGCGCACACCUGACGGUCCAGAAGCGGAACUCGAGCAGUUUACCGUGCUUGCCAAUGGUAUUAAGAGCGAGUAUGAGAUUCCUCUAUGGCAGAAGAGACACACUCCGCAUAUAUCCGAAAAUCACGCUCUUGCGGACAGCCACAGGCGUCAUCUCAACCGUCGCCGUGAUGACGAAGUCGUCAGCUGCAAAGCCGAGUCGCUGGACACAUAUAACGGAACUGCUCAUAUCGCCAGGGUUUUGUCUGACAUUGACCACAAAGACGACACAACUACCCGCGACGAGAAGCCGGCUCGGACCAGAACCCCUGCUUCCACCACCAUGAGCAGAGAAGCUGUGAAGACUCCGAGUCGGGAACGUGUUGCGGCCGAAAACACACUCGGCUGCAAUCCCCUUGAUCCAGCCACGUCGCCAUCGUACAAGACCACCGGGGCAACGGCACUGGAUGAAUUCAAGAGAAAGCAUCCUGGUAAAGUUUCCUACCAACUGCCACCGCCUUUUCGGCCUAUUGAGUCGACUGCAUUUAUUCAACGUGCCACGGCCGACAUCCAUCAAAGUAUCCGCGACGCCCGCCGUUCCCAAGAUUCUGCCCCUAAUACCAGCCAAGACAGUGCUGAAUUGCCUCGGCUACGCCCUCGACCUGUGGUUUCUCAGCAAUACACUUCGCAAUCUCGGUAUUCUCUGCGUAGUAGGGCUGCAUCCGGUGCCCACUCUCCGCGACUGCAGCCCUCCCAACAAGUCGAGCCUAGCGAACAGCGGGACGCCUUUAAUCAACAAACGCAAAAUACUGUGAGAACGCGGCAAGGUCAGCGAACUGUCCCGGUACGCGCUCCCCGGAGUUUUCAAGCAUCCUCAAGCUAUCACUCGGAAGAAUUCUUUGACACGCCUGCCCAGGUGAUCAGCCGUUCCAACACAAUGAUCAAGAGCAGCGGGAUGAUCGAGAACCGAAAUGAGUCAACGGCUCAGGGGCAUUACAAAUGAUGUGAUGCACUGAGGGAUCUGGCUGGGAACUGUUUGGACUGAGAAAUGAUUUGCAGAUGGUUUUGAUUCGAUUUUGUUAGAGUAUUUGGAGUUUGGUGACGAGAAAAA